UUGUGGGGGUUUUCCACUUUUUCUGGACCGUAAUGGCCGCCACCAGUUCUCAUUCAGAGUAGCCAACGACUUGAAUCGGGCGGAAGACAAGUUGAGAAGUGCAGGUCUUCCCUGCUUUUUAAUGUGUCUAGACACUAGCACUGCCACACCAUGAUGGAAACAUUCUUGGAGGAUGCUGAGAACUCCCUGCAUCACAGAACGAAUACUGGCAGCAAUGGGUCGGGUUCGUCAGAUGAAUCAGACGACCCCCUGGAUGACCCUUUUCUCUAUGACAAGUUCCUUCCUGACCCGUACUGGGCCAAAGCAGAGCAGCUGGAGCAGGCCAAGCCAAAGAACCUGGUUGACCCAGGCCUAUUCCGCUACAACAAACGUGUGUUUGUCACCAGUCUCCCAGCUCUGCUGCUAGUGCUUGCGCUUGGGGGUGAAACUCUGGUCUUGAUUACCGCUGUCGGAACAGCUGUGAUAACCAUCAUGUCUCAGAUGGGAGACAGUCGAAGAUGUGUGAUAUUCUUCAUUGUUAUGUUCAUUCCGACCCAUGCCUACAUUUUGGCAACUGUUCUUCCUUUGCUUUGGUUGUCCAUGUGGCAUUUCUUCCUGGUGGUGCUGACCAAUCUGUUCAUCAUCUUGACUGCGGCAUGGGUUCUGCUACAAUUCAAAGCCUUCAGGAUGGAGGAGACAGAGUUAGCAUGUAUUGUGGAGCUUUUGUUGUUCACCCUGUAUCCUCUGGCGUGCACCUCGCUAGUCAGCUGGGCCCUUGGUGCUGUUGUCUCCAUUUCUCUCAUUCCAGUCAUUUUUUCCAUGAUGUGGUUUGUCUUGCUCCAGUUGUACCUGGUUCCCACAUUGUCCUCGUUUCGAAGCCAGACAACAGCAGAGGAAAACCUGGACGUGAUUCAGGUUCCAGUGGUGGUCGUCACAGUUGUGGGCUUUGUCCUCUGUGGCCCGCUCCUGCACGUUAUGCUGGCCGUGUUUGCGGUGGAUACGCAGCCCUUGUUCUCUGUGAUAUCUUUAACCCAUCUGGCUUUCAUCUUGUCCUUGACCUGUUUCCUAUCAACACUGCUCAGUGUCAGGCAGAUCUUUGAGUACAUGGGUCUCCCCUAUACAACGGCCAUCUAUGUGCGCUGGGUCAGUGGUAGUCUGUGUACCCUUUUGUGUUACCCGGUGCUACACACCUAUGGCUUGGACUCCCACUUUCUGCCCCUGCUCCCCGUGGCCAUCGCGAUGUUCGCUGCCCUCGGGGUGGUUUUGGCCUUUAAGAGGAGGAGGAUGAUCAUGGCUGUCCUUGCUUUGGUUUUGUUGAGCAGUUUGGCGGCUUUGUUCCUUCUGUGGAUUCAAGGAAUGCCACACAACCUGCAACAUUACUUCAUGGGCAUUUUCCCUCUGAAUGUGUUCUACCUAAUGAUCUGCAUCAACUUUUUCUUGUGUUUGCUCUGCCUGUGGACGGCCUCUAUAGACAACAAAUCCAUGCUUGGCUUCCUGCUCUUUGUACAGUCCCUAAUGCUGACGGUAUGCGAGGUAUCCCUUCACAACGGUCAGUUGUACUCGACCUCCUUGCUCCAGCUGACCUCCGUGUCGGCCAUGUACACCCUGCACCGCCUGCAUGUGGCGGAGAAGAUCUCGGGCGGGGCUGCCACCAUGACCUCGGCCAUCCAGUGCGCCAAGUCCAUGGCCAGCUGUACCUCCCUGGUGCUGGACGGCGGGAAAGGAGAGAUCAGUCUUCUGGAAAUGGCUGCUCUUGGUUGCCUGGCGUACGCUGUGCUAUCUGUCUUUGUCUACCACUCUACAGGGGAGAAAACUACUGCUCAGAUGGGAAAACAGCUGUUGUUGCUGCUGGCUGCUGUUGCCGUGAACAGCCAUCAUCUGCUGUUGCCUCUCUCUCUGCUGAUGUUCCAGGGUUAUGCGUCUUACUCCAACAUCAUUGGUCUGUGGUGCCUGCUGUGCGGAGGCCUGACCCUGCUCUACAGCCAGACCACUGGCUCGACAGUCACGGCGUUCAUCAUCAUCAGAGUGGCACUGUUGUUGAGCAUCAUGGGAGUCGUCAUAAUGCUGUUGCAUCCUCAGCUCUCUUACAGCCUACUUUCCAUCUUCCAGUGGGCUGAAAUCCUCAGCUCCUUUGCCUUAGCAGUGCUGGUGUCCCACAGGCCCACCAUGCACCCACAGGGAGUGUUCGUCUGCUCCAUCCUGUUUGCAGUCUGUCCAGGCAUCAGGGCUUGUCUCUAUCUGUGGUCAGUGUUCCACCCGCUCACUGCUGGUCUCUGUAUAGUCAACAGUGCUGCUCUUCUCAUGCUCUUCUUCAUCUGCUUCCUUAUCACCGAAUGGACAGAAGCCACAGAAACCAUGAUGAAAACCAGCAUGGUGCUAGCUGGUUCCAGCUCUCUCUGCUUGCUCGUCUUGGACGUGAUUGGAUGGCUGACAGCCAGACAGUCGGCGGACACACUGUGGGGCCCUGCUCGAACAUUCUGCCAACAGCCUGCUUGGAUUGUCGUGUUGCUCACCUGUCUCGCCAUCUCACUCAUCCUUAAGGUGGUGCAGGCCACUAAGGGCUUGAGCAAAUUGCCUCUGACUCACGAGGAAGGCUCCAGUCGUCUAUCCUUACCUUUACUGGCCAAUAUCGUCACAUUGGUGGCUUUUGCUGUGGCCUGCACUCAGGGUCCCAGAGAAGCUACACUGCACGACUUGUGGUGCUGUGCUGCCACGGUCAUCUUUGGCUGUCUCCACAAAGACUCCGUCAUCCUGCCACGCCUGGAUGGGGACAAACAGGCCACGCCCACCAUCAUGGCUUCCUUCUCCAUCCUCGUCUUGGCGACCGUCCUUCGUUCGCGCUUCUGGGAUUUUGCCUUCUACCUGUCUGUUAUCGGAGGCUUCUUCGAAGUGCUCAUGGCCCUGGUGUCCAUCCCGAUCUUCUACGUCAUGUGGGGAAUACUGUGGAAGGGAGAAGUUUUGUCGGAACCGGCUGUUGUAUUUUUAACCCCGUACUCCUUCCUCCUUGUCAUGUGUGCCACCUCCUACUCCGCAUGGCUCCUGGCGCUGGCCACUCUGGUGUCUGGGAUGUGGAUGAUGAUGUACCGCCUGCCGAUGGUGCCAUACGGUGUGGAUUAUGAGGACCGUUUCAGAUGAUCGCAGUAGAUGGGAAGGGGAGGAAUAUUGUAGACAGUAGGGAGAUAAAUGAAAAAUUAUGUUGUUUUAUUCCUAGUCUGCACAGUUGUUUCUGUUCUUAGUCUUUGCCAAAGGGGACUACCUUAUCCCAUAACUCGCAGGUGUUAAACUCAAAACCUGUGGGCCACAUCCAGCUAACAAUCAUGUAGGGGCUGCGAGAGAAUUUUUGUUAGUCCAUCCUGACCAUCCCCAAGACACAUAACCUGACUCCAAACGUAAAUAAACUUGUUGCCAAGAGAAGAUCACAAACAUCCAUCAUUAACAAAUUGGCUAAAGAAUAAAAAUUGGUGUGCUUUGAUUUGUUGUUCAAUAACUUUUGUUGGUUUUGAUUCAUAUCAGUACAGCCUGCAAAUUGAGGUGUAAUUUGAGUUUGGUCUCCUGGGUGAUUGAGUUUGACACCUGGCUGUAGACUAUUCACAAGUGGAAUUUUAAUGCUAGUCCAUGAAAUGAUUCAUCAUUGUCACUGCCGUACUUGCAAAGUAGAUAUGCUUACAAUUUCAACAGAUGAUGUAAUUUUCCUUUGAACCAAACCAAGAAUAGGUCUAGAUCUAGCAUAUAUGGCUUUGGGUUUUUUUUCUAUUUUUGAAAACUUGAAAUCUCAUAGGUAAAACAGUAUUUUGAUCUGUUCACAAUUUAUUAAUUAAAUUAUCUUGUUUUUGUAGGAAUGUCCUCACUAGUGAAAUUGGAAUCUAAAUGUAUUUUGGUAUUAAAAAUUCAUACUCAAGAUGAUUCAAGCAGCAUUUCCUUUUUCGUGUCACCCUCUUUAAAACAGCAAUUUACAUCAUCAUCAUCACCACUGUCAUUGAGACAGCACAGAUUUUGUAUGAUAUUGUAUGGCUAUGAAGGCUCUUGAGAUACUACUUGGUACAAGGUUAAAUAUAUUCUCUUGAACUUGCUUGGUCCUGUAGGGGAAGAACAUUAAAUUCUAAGCAUGAUGCAAAUUCAAGAAUGCCCCUUAACCCUUUCGUUACCAGGGGGUAUGGAUUCCCACUGUCAGCACUGAUUUUCAGCUGAGUCCGUUUCCCAGGACGGCAGCCUAUUGUCUCAGUGUUAAUGGAUGCACGUCUAGAUCUGGAUCUAGGGCACCCAUGACAUACUUCGGACACCGGGUCUUCGAUUGUCACUUUUCUCACUUUUUUUAUUCCCCAUUUCCUCCUAUCUUACGAAAAAAUUUGAAUAACCUGCAAAUCUAAGUCAAAAAGUGAAUUUAUUUGAUUUUUUAAAGUCAUUUCAAUGUUUACGUUUAACGAGAGCACGUAGCCACCCGCAAGCCUAGUUCUGUGUUUAUCGAUCACUUGCAAGCCUAGCAGUAAAGUAAUACUAGAAAAAUCUGGUACCGAUAUGCACGUCUUUUAUUUCCAAAUACGAAUCUACACAGCGCUUGUGGCCAAAACUGUACAGAAGAAUUAGAGCCAGGUUAUUAGCGUAAUAUGCAUGCAACAUCAUAUCAUAUAGGCAAACUGGAGCAGCAAAUUUUGCCAACUUCCGUGGCGUACAUGGUACAGCACAGUGCAAAAAAAUAGGCAUUUUCAUGAUGUACCAUGUACGUCAUAAGGCAACAAAGGGGUUAAAAGCUCAAAUAUGGUUGUUGACACCAUAGUUAAAUAUAAUACGAACUGACCUAACAGUGUGCCCCACUUGUUUUAUGAUGCUUAGAGAAGAAAUUAAGCUUUCUACUAUUCCCUCUGCAGCAUUUGAAAUUUUGGGGGUUGUAAGAGUUUUUGGCAUGGCCAGUGGCCCCAGCUUGCAGGCAUUAGGCUUUUCUGUAGGCUUAAUGUCUUCUUCAAGAGUCUCCUUUAUAGUUUUUGUUAUUUUAUGUACAAUGUGAUGUGAGUGUUAGAGUUGAGUGGCACAGAGGAGUGAACCUGCAGUUUUUUUAAACAUAUAUGUAUAUAUAUAUAUUGCUGUUGUCUGUGUGAGUGGACUUGAUGGUCUGUUCCUCUGCUUAUGUACUUUAUGGUAUUUUUGUGGAAAAGGUAAACUUCUGGAAUGUCUCUGUGUGCAUGUGAGUGUAUGUAUAAUGUAUAAUAUAUAGAGGCAUAAAGGAAAACUAGUUACAGCCUAAAAUGACAGCAAAAAUAUCUUGAAACUGAUUAUAUGAUUUAGUUUUUGUUUAAAUUUAUGUUUCCAUGGCAUUUGGAUGUUCACAUCAGUACUCUGCACCAUGAUGAAAUACAAAGUUUUGGAUUUAUAAAUUUAUUUUUUAAAAUUAUUUUCUCUUUGACUUACUGCUAAUUAAGAUUUCAAACAUUUCACUAUUGACUGUUGAGUAAGUGCCUGUAAAUGCAUAUUUGAAUUUAUGCAAUGGAGCAAUGAACCGACUAAAUAUAACCUGAUAUCUCUCAAAUCUAAAAAUAUUCCUUAUGAAGUCAUCAACUUGCUGUAGACUCUUGAACUUGAGCGCUUUUCAACUUUGAAUGUCUUUUCUGUUGUGUGUCUUGUACUUUUGCCAUUAAUAUAAAAUGCUUCCCUCGGUCUGUUUUAUGUUUUGGUUUAUUUUUAAGCUCUAAAUAAGCCUGCCAGUUUUUAUAUGUGAUACACUUUUAUUGAAGUUUGAACAAACUGUAUCCUAUGAUGUAUUGUUCAAUGUGAUCCAAAAAAUGCAGUAAAAAAUGUAUGAUCAUAAUUCUUUUUCAUUGUCUGAGUAUACUUAUGUUUCUUUAAACUACUGUACUACCUUCUCAGUCAGCUUUGUGUGAGAUCCUUUUUAGGGGAGGAAAACCUUUUUUUUGUGUUGUAACUUACUUAUCAUGCAAUUCACUUUUUUAUAUUUUUUAAUGUAUGUUCAUGGAACAUACUGUGGUGCAUAUGGACUGUUUUGAAGCUGGUUCUGAAAGGUGUUAGAUUUUAUUGAUAUACUUUACCUUUACUUUUCCGAUCCAGUGGCCAUCUAGAUUCUAGCCCUUCGGCCUGUCGAUAUGGCGAAGAAUUUACAGGUUUUUAUCAGCUGUGUUUUGUCGCUGUAUAAAGUAUUUCCAAUAUCUGGAGAGGCAGGUAGGUAAGUACUAUGCAGGUCGCUAAAUGCACAGUAGGAAAAGAUGUGGUGUGAUACUGUUUCAUCCUGGCAGUCACACAGCGAGCAGUCAGGUGGGGUAUCCUUGCGGAUCCUUUUUAUGUAGGAAUUCAGUGGGAUGUGUUGUGUUUGCAGGCGAAAGAUAGUGACUUGUUCUCUUCUACUCGGAUUUUAUUAAUAUAACAAUCUAUUUUUCAUUUGGUCUGAAUUCAUCUAUGGUUCAUUUCCGUAAUAGAAGUUUAAAUGUGUUACAUGUACCAAAUGUCAUCUGCACAUGAUGUACAGUAGACUUAAGCUUUGCUUUUUAAUUAAAUGGAGCAUGGUCAGAGAUGCCAUAGCCUUUCUUCGUACCUCUUUUGUUUCUUCCUGCGAUGAUAUUUUUUAACUUAACCACACAUUACCAAACUGUGUUUAUUUAAUUUUAUCAACAUCAGUUUCUAAACAUAUCACUGCAAUUUAUCUAGUCCCUAGAGUGGUCUUAGAUAGUUCAAUGUGAGUGUAAGAUGAUUAGGUCUCAGUAUCCUCUUUUGUGAGCACCACAUGAAAGUCAAAGUACUUUACUAUGAGUGAGCCUUUUGUGGACUUCGUUAUUUCAGCUUGUCUCUCUGAACAAAUCCAUCGGUGCUCCGUUCAUCCUUCCUGAAACACACAAAGAGUAUUUCUUGACUUAUACUUCCUGUCAAGAAUUAUGUCAAUGUGCUUCUGUUUACUCAAAGUCAAACAAACAAACAAUAUUUUUACAAAUGUAGCAUUGGUCAAAGUGUAUCCAAGCUGCCAUUGAACUUGUCUCUAAAGGGCACUACUGGCUAUUGCCAUAUUAUGACAGCUCUUGGACUGUCUUGUACAUUUGCCUUUCCUCAAUCGGAUGCUCACCAAUGUUUGUAGUAUAGGGCAUAGGUGCUUCAUUUUGGCACGCAGGAAAUCUGAGUUCUAUUCCUGAGUGGGAAGAAAUUUGUAUCUUGGUCUUCCUACUGGGAUGCUGUAUCCCUCUCAGCCCGGCUGGUCCAGACAGGCAGGGUUGGAGCCCACCUCUUAAAUUAUCUAAAUAGUGUCAAUAAUACAUUAAACAUAAAAAAGCAGAUGUUCACAAAACUCGGAGUAAACUCUUGGUAAUAUAUAAUUAGUAUUCUGUAAUGUAACAGGUUUGUAUGUUCAAAGUGCUGUGGCAGGUCUUUUGUUGACACCACUGGUAGGUGUCCUUUUAACUAACUUUUUUAUUUUCCUUUGUUGUUUCUGACAAUCCGCCUCCCUCUUACUAUGAAGUAAGAGAUGCCCUGCUUCUGUAAAAAGAUUAACCAUGUUCUUCGUGGAGUUUCAACUGUGUGUAGCCUACUUCCUUUAUACUUGAGAUGAACAUGGUGGCAAAUACGCUUUAGCCUCAUCUUCGUCAUCAUCUGCCUCUUUCACCCUGGUAUUGGGUAUAGGCCGCCAAGAAGGGCUCUUCCCCUGUCUCUAUUAUUGGUGAUCUUCUCUACCUUCAGCCAGCUGUGCCCCAUAUGCCUAAGAUCUGCCUCCGGUGUAUGUGGAAGAGAGGAUGUUUGAGAGCGUGGGUGUGUAUAGGUGUGUGUGUAUACAUGUGUGAAUAUAUGUUUGUGUAUGUGAUAAAACAUCAAACAAAUGUUCCAGCUUUUGGACAGCAAAGGUUUAUCUCAUGUAGAUCUCAGCCUCAUGUAUAUCUCGACCUUCCUCUUUUCCUCCUCCCCUGGGGAUUCCAUCUUGCGCUUUAGCCUACUUUUUAUGAAGAUCAACUAGUGAUUGGUGGAGACUCUGGUAUGGUCUGCUUCUUCUACUUAUUUUUUUGUGUUUCUAUUGUCUUUGUCCUAGUCUUUUCCUGAUGAAAUAGUGCAGUUGUUGUGCUGAAUGGCUGCACACCCAAUAACGACUAAUUAAUUUUGUAUUGCCCUGUCCUGGUGUUUACCAUGACUUUGUGUAAAUUAGUGUAAAGACUGUUCCAAUGUUAUGCUUUCUUCACCCAUUGAUUUUGUUCUCUCCUUUAUAAUUGUUGCCCGUUUCUGAUCCAAUUUAAAAAACUGCCAUCUCCAAAUUA